UCCAAGAAGAAGUAGUAGAAGCUCAUCUCAGACCAGAGUCGAGUACAUUAAAUAACCUUAGCUAAUCGUGGACACAAUUGUAAACAGUUAUCUGUCAUCAAGCAAAGGGCGUAUCGAAAGACCAGCAUGAGCAGUUUCAGUAGACCCGACACACACAGGACAACAUCAACCACCACCAGGUCAACACACCUUGGAGCAUCAAAGUCUGACCUGGAGAGAGAUUCAGGCUUCUCAGAUGCCAGCUCCGAGUACCUCAGUACAGUCGAUCUGACUGACUCCAAAGAUGCAAGUAGAAAUGGGACGAUAGUCAACCGUGACGCGACAGGUCCCCAGGUGGCUGUGAUGGGAGGCUCCUAUGCUGGACUCUCUCCACUAAUCAUCAUGAAUAACUUUGUCUUACAUCAGUCAUCUCCACUGGCUCCAGCAGAAAAUCAGUGGGGCUUUCCUUCUCUCUUGGAAGUGAUGCCUCAGUCACAGGUGGUUCUUCUUCAACCCAUGGUAUCAAAUGGUAGCAGCAGCAGCAACAGCUCCUCAAAGACUGGCUCUGAAAAUAUACAAAAACCAAAAAGCUACAUGCCCAUCCUCAAGUCUUAUCCAAGAAUUGCCCGCCAACCGGCGGCCUUGCACACAAAGAGAAUAGGAUCCUCCAAGGUGAGGGUGAGUUCAACGUCAGGAUAUGAGAAGCGCCAGAGGAGGCACCACCACGGCCACAAGCUCCACAGCUCCCCCAUCCCAGAGCCAGCACCGCACACUACAAUCAAACCCAUCUCAAACUUUGAAUCAGCUAACCACCAAUCACAGCCAGCCGAGGGUCAGGAGUCUCUCUCCCUGCUGACAGGGGCCAACUCUCUGCUCCCCUACACAGAUGAAUUCAGGACAGAUACUGACAGUAACAGAAUCGAUGUGGACCAGGAAGACGCGCUCUCAUUGGAUUGUAACAAACUGAAGCGUUUCAGCAAUACCUACAACAUUCUCAACAAAUCUGGCUUGCUGGGGAUCACCCUGCGCACAAAGCAGCUGAUGAAGGAGAAUAAGCGCACCCAAGGCCAGCUGCAGCAGCUUCAGGAGCAGACAUCUCUGCUGCUGGAGACUCUGGGCAGCAGAGACCCUCAGCUCUGGACUAAACUGCUGCUCUCUGUGCAGCACACAGACAAGGAGCAAAGUGGGGAUAAAGCUCAGAGAGUCCUGGCGUAAUACAUAUCGCAGAACAUGACCAGCAUUUUGUGACCUAUUAGGAGGUCACAAAAUGAAAACCUGGAUCUCAAAUAUUUAAGAUGAAGGCUGUCUUUGGGUAAUAUACUGUAACUACAGUAUACCAUUUAAAUAAAAAAAACAAUAACUUAACCAGAUUCUUAAUGCAUUUAUCCAAACAGUACAGAUCAUCUUAACCUUCAGAACUAUUGAUCUGAUUUGGAGCUGAAGCACAAAUAAAUAUAAAGUUAAACUGAGUUGAGAAGCAUGCUUACAUUUCAAACCCUUGCCUAUAAUGAAUUUAUUUCAAAAAUAGCAAGUUUAUCUUGCAAUAGAGCUAUGGCCUUUAUAUUUUUGAACUCCUAAUUGCAUAAAAUGCAUGUGUAGAUCACAUAUGCGGGCACAUGGGGCCAUCCCCAAUACUCGCCCUGAAUGUAAUUUCUGUAGAGAAAAUAUUAGCAUAAUUUUUAAACCCGGUGUGGAUACAUGUGGCCUGUAUUUAAAUUUUCUUUUAAUGAGCUAAGUAGAUUAGCAGAGGCCUCCUUUGUAAGAAAGCUUCUCAAACAACAGCUGGAUGGCUCGCAGUGAGAGUUUAGGGGCUGGAAGAACCAUCACAUUUUUGUUACUUGGUGUUAUUAUAUUUAUUUGUAAAAAGGUUUCUGAUCAAUACAAUAUCUGUGUGAACACUUAAAAAACCAAGCACAUUAGAACAAGUUUUCUAUUGUUCACUUCUCAAGCAAUUCCUUUUUUUCUAAAUAUAUCUUUUAAGAGUUACGUAGGAAUGAGCAAAAGCUAAAACUGUAGCAGGUGAAGUGCAGUAGCCAUAUAUCCUCUCUUAACUUUGCCUAUGUUGCUGCCAUUUUCAUUCCUACUGCUUAAGCUUACAUAUUCAUUGAAACUAUUAAAAUAAAAAAUAGUUUCAUAUUACUGACUCUUGCACUUUAGUUAUAAGAUUACUGACAGCUUUUUGGAUGCACUUGUAUCCCUAAAAGAGUGUUCUGUGUUGAUGAAGCGAUCUUAUGAUGUUUUCCGGAUGCCUGUGCCUUUUUGAAUGUAUUAAUGUUUGCACUUUAUAUCCUCGCUUGAGCAGCUUAGGGUGUAAGCUUAUAAAAUAUUUAUAGGUAUCCAAAGAAUGAAUGCUCUUCUCUUAAACAAAAUCAAAUCCUGGAGAGGUUAAGCACUAAGAUUUGAUAUAGAAAGAACUGCAUGAAGAUAACUUGAAUGUUUAAUUGUUCCAUUUUAAACAUUAAGUCAAGCUUUGUUGUUGUAUUAUUUAUUUCAGUGACAGUAUGCUACUAUGUCAAUGUUUUCUUUACUUGUACAGUUGUAAAACUAAGAAAUACUUAUUUAAUCAUUAACUUUUCAUUACUGUUCUUGUUGGAGGAGCGUUCUGUCUUUUCUUUAGCAAAUGUCACUAUAAUGUCAUAAAACUGUUA